AACGCGAGCUCUGUAAUCGCUUGGUUUUGACACGGAGGCUAACGUUACGUCGUAAAACCUAGUGAGCUGCCUUUAUAGACGGCUUUGCUUUGCCUCAAAAAUGCUGUCAAGGAAGGCACCUCGGUAACUUUAGGUGUCGAGACACCGCCGCAGUUCCUCGUGUUGUAAUCUUUUCCUUCAUUGAAGAUCGAGAAUUCAAGAGAUACAGUAUUACCACAAUUAUGUUCUCUUGUCCACAUUUGGAGUUUAAAGUGUUGUUUGAUACAUAGCCGACGCCUUUUCCUGUUUAUCUCUUUAGUUUAGAUGAUUUCGGCCACCGGCUUUCCAGAAUCAACAUCAGCACUGAACUUUUUCCGUCAUCGUAACACUAAAUAAAGUUUCUAUUAUUUAUGUAAAAGCUUUAGAAUAGUUCGUCUCUUUAGAGAUGCUGUUAAAAAACGCAUGGCGUCGAAAUCUGUCGGACAUUUGAGUCUGCGGCCUGUUUACCAUGCAGCCUUUAAAUUGUAUAAGAUUGAAUAAUUCUGUGAAUAACGGGCUGAUGAUGGUUUUAAUCAGUUUUAUCUAUUAAGCAAUUUCUAGAUGAGUCACCAUAUGACCAAUUCGAAGUGUUUCUUGGUUUCAUGACCAAAGGCUUUAGGCUUGACUAGGGCCAUGAAGGCUUGCCAAACAUUUGUGGCAGGCGUUUUGAAAUUUGAUUAACCAAUUUAAUCCCAGCAGCUACAUUUGUGACCAAAUGUUAAUUUAAAGGAUCUAAAAGAGUUUUUGUAUUUUAUACAGUUGUCAACUGUAAAUGACCACACAGGCGGUCUUAAUUUCAUGUGACAUUUUUUACAUAGCUGAUGUAAACAGUCACGUGAUCAAAGCUGUUUAAUUAUACUUUACCCCUCUGAAAGAUGGUGUUCGUGACAAAGCAUUUUAAAACUUUCAAAAUGGAUGCAGUUAUGAAAUUGGCUACAUAUAAAGGUUAAGAUUUGUCAGUGGUCACAACUGUCAUUGUUUACUCAUGCCUAAUGUUGUUGUGAACUUUUUUUUUGACUUUCUUCAAUGGAACACAAGAGCUGUAAGGCAGAUUUUUUUACUUUAUUUUCAUGAAAAACAACAAAAGAUGUGGACUAAAAUGGAAAGGUGAUUGAGGCUAAACGUCUCCUUUUGUGUUCUAUUGAAGAAAAAGUCAUACAGCUUGCUGUCUUAGACUUGAACUCAGCUGAUGGACAGGGUGCUGGCUCUGGUCGGCGUUACAUUCCUCCUCAUUUGAGAAACAAAGACGCAUCACAAAAUGAUUCUCCAGGAUGGGACGGCGGUCGUAGCAAUGGUUUUGUCAAUGGGUACCAAGACGGUCAUAUGAAUGGGACUGCAAACUUCGGCCGUGGACCUCCUCGUAAUGACAGAGGUGGACGUGGUGGCUUUCGUGGAAAUAGGAACGGUGGUUCCUUCAACCAGCCAAUGCAUAAUGCGGGUUAUGGCAGUUAUGAGAACAAAGAUGGAGGCUGGAACUCUGUGGUAAACAGUGAUGCCUACACUAGCUUUGGUGGGCGUUCUGACAGAGGGAAGUCUGCCUUCAAUGAUAGAGGAGCUGGCUCAAGAGGAAGCAGGUAUGAGCGUGGAGGCUUUGGAGGAGGAACAGGAGGGAACAGUCGUUGGGUUGAAGAAUCCAGAGAUGAAGAGGACUGGUCAAAGCCACUGUCCCCCAAUGAGCGUCUGGAACAGGAGCUGUUUUCUGGGAGCAACACGGGGAUUAACUUUGAGAAGUAUGAUGACAUUCCUGUGGAGGCCACUGGAACAAACAGUCCUGGGCAUAUUGAGAGUUUCCAUGAUGUGGACAUGGGCGAGAUCAUUAUGAGCAACAUCACUCUGACCCGCUACACACGGCCUACUCCUGUUCAAAAGUAUGCAAUCCCCAUCAUCAAGACCAAGAGGGACCUGAUGGCCUGUGCUCAAACAGGCUCGGGGAAGACUGCAGCCUUCUUGCUUCCUGUCCUUAGUCAGAUCUACACUGAUGGACCUGGAGAGGCACUGCAGGCCACCCAAGCCAGCACCCAGCAGGAGAAUGGGAAGUACGGCCGUCGUAAGCAGUAUCCCAUCUCUCUGGUUCUGGCUCCAACCAGAGAACUUGCUCUUCAAAUUUAUGAUGAGGCCAGAAAGUUCUCUUACCGCUCCAGAGUGCGCCCGUGUGUGGUGUACGGAGGCGCAGAUAUAGGGCAGCAGAUCCGUGAUUUGGAAAGAGGCUGUCACCUGCUAGUGGCCACACCGGGUCGUCUGGUAGACAUGAUGGAGCGGGGCAAGAUUGGCCUAGACUACUGCAAAUACCUGGUGUUGGAUGAGGCAGACAGAAUGCUCGAUAUGGGUUUUGAACCCCAGAUCAGACGUAUUGUGGAGCAGGACACCAUGCCUCCUAAAGGUGCUCGCCAGACCAUGAUGUUCAGUGCCACCUUCCCAAAAGAGAUCCAGAUUCUGGCCCGUGACUUUCUGGAGGAGUACAUCUUCCUGGCUGUGGGCCGUGUGGGCUCCACCUCAGAGAAUAUCACCCAGAAGGUGGUUUGGGUGGAAGAAAAUGACAAGCGCUCCUUCCUUCUUGACCUGCUUAAUGCAACAGGCAAGGAUUCUCUCACACUGGUGUUUGUGGAGACUAAGAAGGGUGCUGAUGCUCUUGAGGACUUCCUCUACCGCGAAGGCUAUGCCUGCACCAGUAUCCAUGGUGACCGGUCUCAGCGUGACCGUGAGGAAGCGCUCCACCAGUUCCGCUCUGGGCGCUGCCCUAUCAUGGUUGCCACCGCUGUGGCAGCACGUGGCCUUGACAUCUCCAACGUGAAACACGUGAUCAAUUUUGACUUGCCCAGUGACAUUGAGGAAUACGUCCACCGCAUCGGUCGUACAGGCCGUGUAGGAAACCUUGGACUGGCCACAUCCUUCUAUAAUGAUAAGAACAGCAACAUCACUAAAGAUCUGCUGGACAUCUUGGUGGAGGCCAAACAGGAGGUGCCUUCCUGGCUUGAGAACCUAGCCUAUGAGCACCAGCACAAGAGCACCAACCGUGGACGCCCCAAGAGAUUCUCUGGUGGCUUUGGGGCCAGGGAUUACCGCCAGAUGGCUGGAGGUGGCAAUGCUUUCAACAACCGUGGUGCUCGCAACACUGGUGGCCAUGGAGGGAAUAGAGGUUUUGGAGGCAAUAAGGGUGGUUUUGGGAGCUUCGGUGGUGACAGCUACGGGGGCAACUAUGGAAACUAUGGAGGAAACUAUGCCCAGGUGGACUGGUGGGGCAGCUAAAUAUACGUUUGCCAAACUAGCCGAACGGAAACCACAUGUUAUCAUAGCCAGACUCUACCCCCUGUGUAGCUUUAUGAACUCGGUACAUUACACGCUGUGAUUCUCUGCCCACAUUCUAAAGGGAGCUGAUCUGUGGCAAAACCGGAGCAGAAUAACAAGGAUGCCCACUUGUGUAUUUGAUCCAUUACAGCACCUAGGUUUCUGACUUUUUCUUUGUUAAAAAAGAGGAUCAUUUGUAUGUGAAUGUACUGUGCCUUUUUGAAUAUAGACAGGAAUUUAGUUUUGUUAAUUUCGUCGAGUGAACUUUGCCAAGAGCUUAAUUUUUUUGUUUUAGUUUUUUGCUGUAAAGGCAUUUGAAAGCUUGUACUUAAUCAAACCUUGGCAAAUACUGGGAUAACGUGACUCAGAGAGUCGCUGUUCCAUUUGAACGUCAAAUUAUCACCAUCGAUAUCACAAAGCCAACAAUACAAGCCACAAAGUAAAACACAUCACAGGUGCUGUGCAGAAGCGCUCUGUGAUGCAUCUGUGUCACGAGGGACAAAUCGGUCUGACUUCCUUUUGUUUUGCUCACUCUAUCCUGGAGAGACACCUCUUUAGGGAUACGGUUGUCUUGAAAAGGCCAUUCCAGUUGUGAUAUUCAUGACGAAAUAUUGGAAACACUCAGUGUUUGAUAAUUCAAAAUGCUGGAACUUCUUACUCCACUUGUUUUAAUUGACUUGACAGUGUUAUGGCAGCUAGUAAGAACCUUAUGCUAGCUACUCUUAAGUGGGCAGCAUUUUUUGUGAACUACUACUUUUCUUUCUCGAAACAACAUUUUAGAGAAGCAGAUGCCAUUUAUUGAAAAACUGCAAGGUUUUUUGAUAAAAUGUUUCUUUACAAAUGUCAGCAAAACAAAAAAUGCCUGCCAUCCUGAAAGUGAAGUUCAAAUGGCUACAAACGGACCACAGAACCAAAGCGGCCGUGCCUUAGCCUCAUGACCGCUUUGGUCACAUACGCAUGCUAGUGUUUUGUUUUUUGGUCAAGGAGAGAAGACGAAUGAAUUGUUGCAGGCUUUCUUUUAAUACAAACGUCUCCUCUUUUCAAGCUGCGCAGCAGGCAUGGCUCCCUUUUUGGUAGGUUGAGGCAGCGCGAGAGUUCAUUUUGAGGCACUGGUGGAUCCCAACCGGGAAUUUGUUUUGCAUUGGGCCUGACGCGAGUGCAGUUAGACAGGCCACCAUUUUCGCUUCUGUAUCGAGUCCCGCUGUUCUGUGCGAGGCCGGACACCAGGAAUACGAAUGCUGUCAGCUCCUGAAAUUCAUCAGGUUAGAUGUGAACUUAAACCACUGGCCGAGGAGCCAGUUUUCCGCUUCGGACGGAAGCAGUCGAGCGGAGGAGAAAUAAGGCAUUUAUCGCAAGUGCAAUAGAUUUUCUUCUCAAGUGAGUUGUGCCUUGACUUUCUUUUUUUUUUUUUUUUUUUAAAUGAUGUUUUAAAGCAGAUGCACUGACAGUAUUGAGAACUUCGAGUUGAAUGGUGCUACUUAAGUUAGGUCUAGGCCCGUGUGCGUUGUGCCCAUCGAGUUUUACAAAGUUCUUUUAUUGCACAUUUCAAGUUUUAUAUAUACAGUGCGUGUCUUUAGUGCAUGUCCUCAAGCUUCCAAAUAUUGCGUCAGGAGACCGGAGAUACGCAGCUCGUU